CUGGUUUGGGGCUCUUGCCCAAGUGCCCUCCCCCAGCCAGGCAACACUCCUGCUUCGGAAGGAGGACAGACAGGCUUGCAGGGGAGCUUCCUUUGUCCCCAAGAUGAGAAAGGCUCCUCCAAGAGCGCAGCGCGCUGCCCGCGUGAGGACAGCCAGCAGCAGCAGGGACAGACGUGCAGCUGGGCGCGUUCAGGUCCACAGGAGCAGGUACAAGGUUCCUCCUGGGACCAUCAGCUGGAGGGUCAGGACCCCAGAGCCUACAGCAGGGGCUGGGGGGACACGACGGAGGAGCUGGCAAACGCUGUGGGCAGCACAGCAGUCCCAGGGCUUGGGAAAACCACUGUGCCGCCCCUCUCAGGAGGACCAGGGGACCAGCUCCGAAGAGCCAGCACGCUGCGGCCGCAGUGCUGCAGGCACAGAGCGAACGAGGGGUUCUUCAUGAUCUUCUGCUUGAUGAGCCUCUCUGCUCUCGCUGGUGCCUGGUGCGGGAUCUCGCUGCUCAUGUGGCGGCUGCAUGGAAAGAAUGCGCCACAGGGGCAGCCUGCAGCUGACCUGAGUUCACUGUGGAACGCACCUGAUGUGUGGAAAGGACAAGCGGGAGAGAUGCAGAAGCUGAGGGAUGAGGUGACACAUCUGGCUGCAGAAAUCCGCUCUAUAAAGAAGGAAGUUCAGCAAAUGAGAGAGGCAAUAUCUGAGCCCGUGGAGGUGCCUGACUGGGCUCUCAAAAGCACAGGGUGUACCAUCAACCUGCAGAGAUCAUCCAGCACCUCUGCAUGUCUCAGGAGGGUGUUUUGGUCCCUGUUUAGACAACCCUUUGAGGAUACCUUUGUGCAGCCUGAUGCUUCCCCAGGUUACUGCUGGAAAAUGCAACAGUCUCAGAGCGAAGUGCUAAUCCGACUGCCCACAGAAGUACAACCAACGGCCAUCACCUUACAGUACUGCUCAAAGACAGCCACUUCACUGGUGACUGUCAGUAGUGCACCCAAGGAUUUCACUGUCUCUGGACUGGAAGAGGAAGGCCAGGGCGAAACUCUGCUGGGGUCUUUCCUCUACAGCGUGCAGAAAGAGCCAACUCAGACCUUCCCUCUGCAGAAUGGCAUCCCCAGAGCCUUUCGACUUCUGAAACUCAGCAUACAGAACAACUGGGGUAAACCAACAUACACCUGCAUUUAUCGAGUGCAGGUGCAUGGGAAGAUGGUGGAGACAAAUGUGAUCGGAAAGACUGACGUGGAGACCUUCCCUCAGUAA